AUGCCCGCUCUACCGGAUUUUGUCCGCGGAGUCCCUGGCGCUGCCCUUGAGCAGCUGGGGGCCUUUGUGGGCCGCGGUACCCCAGGAUCAGCUUCCGAACUGGCAAAGCGUAUCAACAUCCCUUACAACAGCACGAGUCCUCCGGGCCUGAUAGAGGCCAACACGGUUGAUCCAUGGAACGACAGUGGGAAAUACGCUUUGGGCAUGGUCUAUUUCUGCGUCAUCUUGUUGUUCAUUUCGUCAUCCCUGCGCUUCUAUCACUUUUUCACCGAUAGAGUCCGCGCCGGGUUACAUCAGGAAGAGGUAUUGAAGUCGUCGAACACCACAUCACCCGAUUCGGACUACGAGAUGUCAGUGUUGUAUACUGACAAGUCAACCAAUAAGUUCUUUCCACGAACAGGAGAGCUGCCCCAGCCUCCCAAGGUGCAGUCGUCAGUUUCGUCCUUCGCGCCUCUCAACAACCUGAUCGCCCUGUUCCGCUUUAUCUUCUAUCAUCCAUUGCCGCAGAUAAAUAUAAAGAAGGGCUGGAGACCGAUUGUCUUCCCGUCUCUCGGCGUCGUCUGUGUCUUGGCAGCUGCCUUUGUCUUCACCAUCUUGUACACCUUCAUCCCUCAACCACUCUUCUGGGAGAGCAUCCAAUAUGGAUCGCCCCCCAUGGCAAUUCGAUCUGGCAUGUUGGCUGUUUCCUUGAUGCCUUGGAUUAUAGCCCUGAGCAUGAAGGCGAAUUUCGUUUCCCUCUUGACUGGCAUCGGCCACGAGCGGUUAAAUGUUCUUCACCGCUGGGGGGCAUAUUUGAUGCUUAUUUUAAGUAUCAUCCAUACCGUCCCUUUCUACAUCACUCCCGUCUGGGAAGAUGGAGCACUCCCGCUUUACCAAGCGCUGGUGAAGGGCGAGCACUUCUACCCGUACGGCACAGGAAUUGCUGCGCUUGUGCCUCUGGCCUUUUUGUGUAUCCACUCACUUCCUCACCUGAGAAGUUGGAUGUACGAACUCUUCGUUGCUGUCCACGUUCCAGUGUCUAUGGUCUUCUUCGGGAUGCUGUUUUGGCACUGCAACAAUUAUCUCAACUCUUGGCAUUUCCUGUUUUCCACUCUUGCCAUCUGGAUAUCUUCCUACCUAUACAGACUCUUCUACCUGAACUGGACCAGCCCCAGGAAGAUGUCCUGGCUGAUUGGAGAUGAAGCAGCGGUUACUAUUAUGCCGGAAAACGCCGUCAAAGUAACGAUUCCAACGCAAAAGAGGUGGAGGCCAGGCCAGUACGUCUAUUUGCGCAUGCCCGGUAUCUCGGUCUUCGAGAAUCACCCUUUCACCAUUGCUUCUCUCUGCAGCAAGGACUUUCCUUCCAGCUACGGCGAGGACUAUAGAGACAUGGUUUUGGUCUUCCGCCCAUUCGGAGGAUUCACGAACAAGGUACUUAUGAGUGCCAUUGAGCGAGGACCCUGGCACACAUACCGCGCUUUCAUUGAUGGACCCUACGGAGGCAUGGAACGCCGUUUGGAUUCGUUUGAUCACGUUGUCCUGAUUGCUGGUGGUAGUGGUAUCACGGCGAUCGUGAGCCAGCUGCUGGAUCUUAUUAAGAGAAUGAGGGAUGGGAAGGCGGUUACCAAGAGUGUGCAAGUCGUGUGGGCAUUGAAGCGCCCGGAGACGAUGGAGUGGUUCAAAGAGGAGCUCAGGAUAUGCAGGGAAUUCGCACCUCCGGACUCGGUCCACUGCCAAUUUUACAUCACGGCCGCCAAACGACUUGCCAGAUCCGGACAACUUGUCAGCGCGCAAACGCCAACACGACCAAUGAGCACGUUCUUCCACGACAAAGUCAACGACGCCUUCCAAGACAUUGCUGACAAGCGGUUCUCAGGUGUGUCGGCUUUCAAGAGACAUUCGGCGUUAAUAGCAGACGAGGCCCAAGGCGACCCGGAACGCGAGAAGGAGCUCCGCUCUGAGAACGAAGACGCCAUUACCGCACUACCGCAAGCUCAUAUGGUUCCUGUCAACCGUGGACUCGGACUCGUAACCCCUGAUGGUCAACUUUCCCCUCCCACAUCCCCGCGUUUAAUCAACAGACCAGCUGAACGGAAGACCCUUGCAGAGAAGCGCCGCUCCCGGAACCUUUCUGUGGAUAUCGCCACGGCCGUCGCAAACAACCCCGCGUUGAAUCAGGAUGCCGCUCAACCAGCAGCACAACAAGCUUUUGAUUUCGGUUUCCCAUCCACCCCGACCGAGUUCCAGAAGAAUCUGAUGCGUUUUGCCUUCCUUCCAGCCGCUGUUAAGAAGAAGGAUGGCUGGAGUACCGAGUACGGCCGUCCGCAGAUCCCAUACAUGUUGCGCCAGUUCAGCAAAGAAUUCGGACGCCGAACUUGUAUAUUCGUGUGUGGCCCGCCCAGUAUGCGCAUCGAUGUCAGCCAUACGGUGGCGCAGCUCCAGAAGGAAGUAUGGAGUGAUCCAGACAAGGACGAGAUUUUCUUGCAUGCGGAAAAUUACGCCAUCUGA